AUGGUUGCUAUUUAUAGUGCGAUCUGCGGUCGUAUAGAGGCCUACAUAUCUUCUCUGCCACCGCCCUAUCAGCUGCAACGACCACUCCUGGCUCGUGCUGCCAGUACGGAGGCUCGAACACCAGCUCGCGCCCCAUCAUUCAGCGUCUGCUGGGCAGCAACGUCACCCGAGCCAGAAGUUAUAAACGCUACAACAGGGAAACUCGAAUCUGGUACACCAUCGCUGCUUUGUAAACAGACCAUGUUCGCGAGGUGGCAGCAUUUAGUACGGCGUUUACCUCUGUUACCUCAGGAUGAAACCGGGCCCGAGUUACCGCCGCUACCAGAAAACUUAGACAGCUUGCUCUACAACGAGGCCAAACAACUGUGUACGACUUAUCAGCUGGCAAAGUCCGAGUUGACCGGAGCGUUCAGCCGCGCGCAGCUCGGUCGUUGGAUAAAGAAGCCGUUGGAGCAGGACCAGUUUGUUUGUGAGCUUCUAUCCGCUGAACCAGACGUGUUGUUUCGCUAG